AUGCAACUAUUCCUUAAAUCACAGGAUAAAGGAAUGUGGCGCAUCAUAACAAAUGGAGACUUUAUACCAAUAGUUGAUCAAAGUGAUUUAACAUCUACUGAAAAGAAAGAAGCAGACUGGACAACAGAAGACAAAGCUAAUGUACUUCUAAAUUCUAAAGCUCAAUUAUUUUUGUGUUGUGCUUUGAGCAGGGAGGAAAGCAAAAGAGUUGAUGAAUGUGAUACAGCUAAAAAAGUAUGGGAUACAUUACAAACUCAUCAUGAAGGAACAAACCAUGUAAAAGAAACGAGAACCGGUAUUGGUGUACGAAAGUUUGAAUUAUUUGAGAUGAAUGAAGAAGAAACCAUUGAUGAAAUGUAUUAA